AUGUCACCCCCAUCCAUUCAAGACCUCCUCUCCGAGAGGCUUCGAGGUUCGAGAGGGGGAGCUCGAGGCCGUUCACGAGGACGACGUGGCCACUCAUCCUCGACACCGUCUCCUAGCCACGAUGCCACCAUCCAGGGUACAGACACCGAUGCUGCCGUAUCCCGCAUGAGUGCCGUCGACAUCGGCUACCUGGACGACCCCUUUGCGCAAUUCUUUGUGCAGGUGCCUACCGUCGGGGACAUCGUGAGGAGGCUACCCAUUAUCAAUCGAGGUACUUACACUCGGACCGCCGCCCUCGAUAGGCUGAUAGCGGCCUUCUUGUCUGGAUGCGAGGGUCAAGAGCGGCAAAUCAUCUCACUCGGGGCCGGAACGGAUACGAGGUGUUUCAAGCUGCUCUCGCAGCCCCUGCAAGCUGGCCUCAUCUAUCACGAGAUUGACUUCCCGGCCGUCAGCAAUAAGAAGCGCCAGCUUGUCAGCUCUAUUCCACCUCUCAGAACCAUCGUCCCCAACGCAGAGUUGACGGGUGAUACCUGGAGCAACCAGCAUCUGCCUAAUGGUUGCCAGUAUUGGUGCCAUGGUCUGGAUCUAAGAGAUCUGCUGAAAGAUGACGUGAAGUCAUUGCGUGGUGUUCGAACAGACGUGCCGACGCUGCUCAUUUCAGAAUGUUGCUUGUGUUAUUUGGAGGUUCCAGAUGCGGACAAGAUCAUCGAGUAUUUCGUCAACAGGAUACCCAGCCUCUCUCUUGUCAUCUACGAACCAACGAAUCCGAUGGAUCCGUUUGGCAAGCAGAUGGUAUCCAACUUGGCCGCACGAAAGAUACGAAUGCCUACCCUGGAGCAGUACACGGAUAUCAAGAAACAGGAGACUCGUCUGAAGGAUGCAGGCUUUGAAUCUGCCAAGUCCUCGACAAUACAGAAAAUCUGGGAGCAAUGGGUCCCAAGGGAAGAAAAGGAACGAGUCGACAGUUUAGAGGGUCUUGACGAGGUCGAGGAGUGGAAUCUGCUGGCUGACCAUUACCUCGUGGGUUGGGGUUGGAGGGGGGGAGGUACUGGACGGAUGGGCAAAGGGUCUACGGUGAUCCUAAAAUUAUCGAUGAGUUUGAUGCUUGCAUCGAGACCGAUCUCACCCAAUUGUCAAGACACCACCUCUUGA